AUGCUGCCCUCCGUCGAGCGCCACGCCAGCCAAUGUGUCAAAGAACUCUUCCAAUUCAUAGCCGCCCAAGGCCAAGGCGACUACCUGGGCGAGCAGGUCUCCCAGCUUGAACAUACCCUACAGACCGGUCAGCUUGCGGUACAAGCAGGUGCGGACGAUGACACAGUACUAGGCGCUUUGCUCCAUGAUGUCGGUCGGUUCAUCCCCGCGGCGAAGGAAAUGCCGGCCAUGAUCGCCCCGGAUGGAGUCUUUGUUGGACGUGGAAGCCACGAAGUUUUGGGCGAGAAGUAUCUCCGCAGCCUCGGGUUCAACGAGUCAAUCUGUCAACUGGUCGGGGCGCACGUCAUGGCGAAACGAUACCUGACAGCCGUGGAUAAAGAGUAUUAUGACGGCCUGAGUCAAUCAAGCAAGACGACCCUGAAAUUCCAGGGCGGCACAUUUACCCAAGAGCAGGUUGUCGAGGCCCAAAACGACCCUCUUCUCGAGGCGAAACUGGCCGUUCGACGUUGGGACGACAUGGCCAAGGUACCCAAGUUGAAGACACUGCCGCUCGAAUAUUACGAACGAAUGGCAACCAAAAGCCUGCUCGUGUCCCGAUCUGUUUUUGAAUUGCAUGGAAGAAAAUACAAGCUUCCUGAGAGACCCACGGUCGUGAUCUGUGUGGACGGCUUUGAUCCCGAAUACCUCGAACAGGGGAUCUCGGACGGCACUACCCCUAACAUGGCCAAGUUCGUCCAGUCAGGCUUCGCGGCAACGGCCAAAUGUGCCAUGCCCGCCUUUACCAAUCCCAACAAUGUCUCCAUUAUUACCGGGGCGCCGACGUCUGUUCACGGCAUAUCGGGAAACUUCUUCCUGGACCGGACAACUCGAAAGGAGGAAAUGAUCGUGGACGACACCUUACUUCGAGGGUCGACCAUCCUAGAGCAGAUGUCGAAACGAGGCGUCCGUGUCGCCGCCAUAACUGCAAAAGACAAACUGAGAGCAAUUAUCAACCACGGAUUGAAUUGCUUGCGCGGGGACAUCUGCUUUUCAGCCCAAUAUGCCAACAAGUGUACCCUCGCGGAGAACGGCAUCUCGGACGUCGAGAAGUGGUUGGGCAUACCAGCUCCGGACCAAUACUCUGGCGAUUUGUCUUUGUUUGUGCUUAAGGCAGGCAUCAAGCUCCUCGAGGAAAACCGGGCGGAUUUGUUCUAUCUUACGUUGUCGGAUUAUGUCCAGCACAAAUUUGCCCCGGGGAGCAAGGAAGCAAAUGACUUCAUGGCGAAUAUUGACAACUGCGUCGGUCGCUUGGUUGAACUGGGUGCUGUUGUGGCUGUAACGGGAGACCACGGGAUGAGCGAUAAAAGCAAGGACGACGGUACACCAAACGUUCUCUUUGUCGAGGAAGAGCUGGAUCGCAAAUUUGGCGAGGGCUCCUCGAGGGUCAUCUGCCCCAUCACAGAUCCUUUCGUCCGCCACCACGGCGCGCUGGGCUCUUUCGUGCGGGUAUACCUGAACCGACCAGAUAUCAGCGUCAAAGAUGCCCUGGCUUACUGCAGAACGUUCCCGCAAAUCGAACUUGCUCUUGAUGCAGUAACAGCGGCUGAAAUGUUCGAAAUGCCCCUUGACCGAGAGGGCGAUUUUGUACUGGUCUCUAAAGAAAAUGCCGUCCUCGGAAGUCGAAGAGAAGAGCAUGCGCUUGACAAUUUGCGCGACCAUCGACUCCGCUCUCACGGUGGACUUUCUGAGCAGCCAAUCCCUCUACUGAGGUCUCUUCCUCUCAGCAAUCCCGUCGAAGAUCGACAGUGGAGGAAUUUCGACGUCUUUGACCUGGCUCUUAAUUUGUGA